AUGCACUCCACCUCACCGAGCAGCACGGCUUCCCCCGCCGAGGAGACGCCGAUGCUGACCAAUGGCGAGCGGAAGGCGUUUCGUGGCGUCACGGAUUACAAAAAGGCGCUCCACAAUGAGGAGGGCAUCUCUACAAAAAUGACGUACAUCAACUUUAUUCGCGGCAUGGUGGGCCCUGGGUGCUUCUCAAUACCGCUAUCCCUAAAAUUUGCCGGGCUAGGGACAGGACUAACCCUCCUCUUCGCGAUCGGCUUCAUCGCGACGCUGAACAUGAGCAAGCUCGUCAAGUCGUCCCAAUAUUUGACCGUACUCUCGGGUGGGAAAGCGUUGAACUACGGGAAUAUGGUGGAAAAGGCGUUCGAGCAGGGCCCGAGAAGCGUUAGACGAUGGGCUCCAAAAGCCAAGUUUUUCGUGAACAGCUGCCUGUGCCUGCUUCAGUUGGGCGUCUGCGGCGUUUGCUAUAUUUUUAUGACAUCCCACCUAAAGGAGACUUAUCUGCUAAUCUUCAUGUGCCUCCCGUUCUGCUUGCUCGUCACGAUCCGCUCCUUCAAAUACCUCUCCUACGUGUCGCUGGCCGGCAACGUGUUGAUGAUCACCGCACUGGUGAUCAUAUUCCAGGGGCAUGCUGUGGUGUUACCUCUAGAAAAUCAGCUACGGGAUCGCGCGAGGAUGAAUGGGCCUUUUGGCGUCCUUUCCCUCGGUAUGUCGACUACCACCUUCAUCUAUGCGCUGUGUGGAUUUGCUGGGUAUCGAGUCUACGGCAACAACGUCCAGGGCAGCAUCACGCUGAACAUGCCUCAUACUAGGCAAGGUCCAAACGCGAAAAUUAAGGCUUCUUUAGGCUAUAUUUCAUCGUCGACGUCCUUCUCACAAUUGUCACCUAUACGGGAUUCCUUCUACAGCACUUUGUGCUGCUGGAUAUGUAUUUCCCAGAGCUCGAAAAGCUGCUCGAGGAUCGGCGCUGGUCGAAGGCUGCAAUACGAGCGACGGAUGGCCCUAGCGUUGCUUGUACCGAAUUUAUCGGAAAUUAUACCACUCGUCGGCGCGACGUGUGGAAUGCUGUUGGCGUUAAUUGUGCCACCAAUCGUAGAGACGGUGGCCUUCUAUCCAAGAUGGUCCGCGAAAGAAACCCCCGCCAAACUGUCGUUCCGGCUGAUCGGCAAUGCCGUAAUCGUCAGCUUCGGUCUGAUUUUCAUGAUAUUGGGUGUGAAGUCGAAUCUCGAGCAUUCAAUCGGUCAC